GGUGUGUUUUAAUUAUUCAAGCAGCCAACGUUGACAAAUUGGAGUUUGAGAUACGGUAUCGGGCACACGGUGACGUGGUAGCAUCGCGGCCUCUACUAAGAUCCACUCAGCAAGCAAGCGCAUCAGUCAUUUUUUUCUUUUUUUGCUUCAUGUUCUUGAUAACGAUUACCUAACAAAACGGUUCCGAUGUGCUAUGACGGAGGGGAGAUACAGCGACCGAUCGGUUAUCCGUGUUUGUUUAUAAAAAUCGCGAGACUUCCAGUAGCAGAUUGCAAUCGCAGCUGGAAGUAGCAACCCAGAAGGCCCGCGUUGUUCCUUAGCAAGAUGAGACGAAUUGGGGUCGAGAGAAUGCUGCUGCUGCUGCUGCUGGCCAGCAGCAGCACCCUGUUGGUGGCGUUUGGUGAGCGUCAAUUCCCGGCCAACUUUCAGUUCGGUGUCGCUACCUCUUCCUACCAGAUCGAGGGUGGCUGGGACGAGGACGGCAAGGGUGAAUCGAUCUGGGACCGGCUAACGCACGAAAAGCCGCACAAGAUUGCGGACCAAUCGAGCGGUGAUGUGGCGUGCGAUAGUUACCAUCAGUGGCAACGUGAUGUGGAGAUGGUACGUGAGCUUGGCGUCGACUUUUACCGCUUCUCGAUCGCCUGGUCGCGCAUCAUGCCUACUGGGAUUAGCAACGAGGUGAACCGGAAAGGCAUCGAGUACUACAGCAAUCUGAUCGAUGAGCUGCUGAAGUACAACAUUACCCCGAUGGUGACGCUGUUUCAUUGGGAUCUGCCCCAGCGGUUGCAGGAUAUGGGCGGAUGGACGAACCGGGAGAUUGUGGAGUACUUCCGGGAGUAUGCGCGGGUAGCGUUCGAGCAGUUUGGCGAUCGGGUUAAGUUCUGGGCUACGUUCAACGAACCGAAGCAACCGUGCAAGGAGUCGUACGAGCAGGACGCGAUGGCACCGGGGUUAGAGUUCCCGGGGGUGUACAGCUAUCUCUGUACGCAUCACGUGCUGCUAGCCCACGCUGAGGCGGUCGAUGUGUAUAGAACGUUCUUCCAGGAGACGCAACAGGGUGUGAUUGGAAUGGUUGUGGACUCGGCCUGGCAUGAGCCCAAUUCUGAGGAUGACUACGAGGCUGCAGAACGGGCAAUGCAGUUCAAUAUCGGUAUCUAUAUGCACCCGAUCUAUCACGGAAACUAUCCGCCAGCGAUGAUUGAGCGCAUUGCCAAGCUGAGCGCCGAGCAGGGCUACCACAAGUCCCGGCUGCCCGCAUUCACGCAGGAGGAGAUCGAUAAGAUCAAGGGAUCGAGCGACUACUUCGGCUUUAACGCUUACACCACCCGGCUGGUAACGGCAAACGGUGCAGACAAUCUGGCCAACUUUCCCGAACCAUCCUUCGAUCACGAUCGCGACGUGGUGGAGUACAUCGACCCAAGCUGGCCUUCUUCUGCCUCACCCUGGCUGAAGGUGUAUCCGAAAGGGUUGUACAGUGUGCUGAAGUGGAUACGCGAUGAGUACAACAACCCACCAGUUUGGAUAACGGAAAAUGGUGUUAGUGAUGUGGAUGGGACGUACGAUCUGCAGCGUGUGGAGUACUUUAACACCUACCUGGACGCGGUGCUGGAUGCGAUCGAUGAGGGGUGUGAUGUGCGCGGCUACACCGCCUGGUCGCUGAUGGAUAACUUCGAGUGGCGUGCGGGCUAUUCGCAACGCUUCGGCCUUUACUACGUGGACUUUAACGAUCCAGCGCGUCCCCGGUACGCAAAAACGUCUGCCAAAGUGUACGCCAACAUCGUGAAGACGCGCUCGAUUGAUGCGGACUAUCUGCCCGAGCCAGAUGUGUUGAUUCCGGGAGAUCAUUAGCAAAAGGUCGUCUAAUAAUUGGUUGUAGCGAGACGUAAAGGUGCAUUAGGUACAGCAAUUAAUGUAAUAAACUGCAACAAAAUUUAAAUUCUA